AUGGCUCCAGCUCCUGUCUGGGAAGUCGUGGGCGGUGGCGACUUUGGUGGCAUUCUUGUGCGCCAGGGAAGCGAGCUCAGCUCACAGCCCUGCAGCGAGCGGCUCUCCACCGGCGCUGUUGUGGAGGAGCUGGAGCGAUUGGGUGAGCGGCUUCGCUACCGAAGGCUUCAAGGCCUCGGUCCAGAAAGCGGCUGGGUCACUGUCCGUCUUGGCCUGAAGGAGCUCCUGCGCAAGACUGUGGACAAGAGCCGCAACGGUGCAGAGGAUGAUCCCCCAGGCGAAAGUUUCUCCAAAGCAGCGUCGCCGGGAGGCUUCCAGCAAAAGAUUGCCACAGGAAAGAAGGUGCGAAUCAUAUCCUUGAAAAGGGAGGACUACCAGAAGUACAACGGCAAGAACGGGGCAAUCAUGGGAUUCGAUCCUGCGACUGGGCGCUACUCUGUGAAAGUGGUGAUCCUCAGCGACAAGAGUGUAGGCCUACAGGCAGAGGGUGCGACCCUCCUCUUGCUGAAGGAGGACAACAUUGAGCUCCAUCCGGAUCAGAUCGAGCGGGAUCAGGUGGGCAAUGGCGACGAGAUCGUACUUCUCGGUGCUGGUGAAGCAAAGCGCAAGCUUUACGAAGUCAGACUGGAUCCUCAGUACUGGUAUGACAAGGCGAUAGAGAGAGUAUUGGAAUCGCGAAACGAUUUCGAAGUAUUGGAUCUUCCUCCACAACUCAUCACGGACAUGAGUGUUCUCAAGAAAGCCUACAGAAAGAUAUCGCUCUCUGUGCAUCCGGACAAGAACAAGCAUCCUCAAUCGGCGGAUGCAUUUCGAAAGGUUUACGGAGCUUUCGAAACCCUGAUGGACACGAGACAGCAACGGCGCUUGCUUUGGAUUCUUGGCAAGCUCACCCCCGACAUGGAGGAGAAGGUGCUGUUUGACGAGGAAGAAGAGGACGAGCUUUUCCAAUGGUGGUGGGAGGCAACUGUCCCAGAGAUCGAGAAGCAGGUUGCAGAAUUUGAAGGUCAGCAGUUUGAUGAUUACGGUGCCAUGUGGAUCUCUGAUGGACUCGGGGGCGAUAUUGAGGAGGUAAAGUGGAUUGGAUUGGAGACAGCCAAACGACUGCACAAGGAGGAGGAAGGUGUGAUUUUCAUAGAUGUUCGUGACCGUCGUGACUUUGCUGCCGGACACAUUGCAGAUGCUUUCUGCACACCGCUUCCAGAAAUUAUCGACUAUGGCCUCGUGAACGUGUUCAUGGCCGCCGAUGACCAACUGAUACAUAAACUUCUGAAACACCGCACAAAGCCGAUCAUCGUGUAUAGCGAAGUUGCCACGCCGUUCUCCAGAUGCCGAGCCUUUUGCCGCUGGCUCUUACGAGCUGGACACCAGACCAUCAAAGUGGAGCGUGUGAGACGCUUGCGUGGUGGUAUUUUCGGAUGGAAACACAAGAACGGACCAGUGGCCCGGCCUUUGCAGGACUCUUCCUACGAGCUCACGGACAGUGCAGAGAAAGAUGUGAGUCGGCUUUCUGAAACUUCCGUGAGUUUGUCUGCGAGUCUGAUGGGUGCCGGGGACGGCGAGCUCCUUGCGGUAGAUGACAAGCUGGCAGACAGGAGGCUCGACGCCAGCGAGCAUGGAUGGGCAAGAGUCCGAACAUGGACGCGCAGCGUCCGACGACGACAUCACGCAGGCAUCUUUGCUUGUGACUACUUGUUCUUGCCGCUGCACCAUGAAGCCGAGCGCCACUGGUCUUUGGCAGUGGUUUGCCGGCCGUGGGCAGCCGUGAACAUCGGUCAGGAUGUCCACACGACCACGACUGUGGCAUUUCUGGAUUCUCUGCGUUCACCCAUCAGCGAAAAGCAUGAGGCAGUUGUUCUGCACGAGUUGAAGAGCUAUCUCAGAUCCGAGUGGCAAGAUUGCACUCCCCUGUCGACUUCAUUUGACGAGGGUCGCAUUCAGGCGGUGGCAAUCGAUGUCCCACAGCAGCAAAAUUCGUCUGACUGUGGUAUCUAUGUGUUAGAAUUCGUGCUGCAGCUGCUGUGUCAUCCUGGAAAGCUCGCGUCCUUGGGCAGAGAUCCCUUGAGUUUGGAGUUGCAGGUUGGCAAGGCUCCACGGCAGCGCUGGCGUCAAGCUGGUGCCAGUUAUCGCAGCUUGAAACAGGCAGCUGCAGGUGGUUCUGCAUCAUUUGACGAAGAGUCGUGGAUGGAGAUGCUCCUUGUGCGCUAG